AUGGUCCUUUAUGCUACGGAUGCUUAUGCAGCGAACACGUCGUCCGACUGUGGUUCCAUAGAGACAAAAAAGGCCGUAGAUGCAAUCCUACGGCCUUUUCUCACCUACUCGCGAGGUUUGGUUUUCUUGGGCAUUGAGAUUAUUGUCCAUGUGAUCCUCCGGUUCAAUGGGGUUGGAUACAUCCACGAGGUAAACACAUAUGCAGCCGAGAAGUCAAUAAGCCUCAAUUUAAGUCCCAAGAUGGAGCUGUAUCAGCAUCGUGUAUUACUUCAGUACAGAAAACGAGCGUUAAAUUCACUUGUUACCACUUUUUCCCAAUCCGGCAUCCAGAUCCUGACCCAUGGCUGCAUGUUUAAAUCCCCCGACUUGGGAUUCAUACUAGUCAUUUCGCUGCCAUCUGAAGGUGGCUCAUACGGGCUUAUCGCGCACGAGAAGGAUCAUGUAACUAUAUAUUCCCCUUUUCCUCCGUACGGAGGAAAAGACAGAGCAAUAGAACCAGAAACAUGUUGCCCCCACCCUACCUACUUCCUGAAAGAGCCCAUUCAACAUAAUCUAAUAUUAUCCUGCACCCUACAUAACACCUUUACAGAGACUCUCGGAAUCUUACACCGUUCGAUCCGCAGGCAAAUAAUCAAAAAUCUCCUUAUAAGACUACUCCGGCAUCUACCGUUUCAACAUCCUACCGGUCCUGUUAUGCGGUUAAGCUUCUUAUGGAUACAGCCUGACGGGUCACUCCCAAGGGCACAAGACCUCGUCCCCUCAGAUUUCAUAUUAUUUCCUCUAACACAUGAACUGCAUUAUUUCUUCCCAUAUAACCUGCGCAACUCCCUAUUGCAAGACCACCCUCAUGAGCCGCGUAUGCCAGCUCAGCCCUGCCUUCUUAAUGCAGCCGCUAUACAGUGUUUUUGUAGCGUAACGCCCGGUUUCACGAAAACAAAUACUAGUGUGGUUAUGUUGCAAGAAGAUCGUGUAGAUUGCAGACAAGUCAACCAGCAAGUCAACCAGCAAGUCAACCAGCAAGUCAAGUUUACUCUGGACCUUGAAAACCCCACAAACUUGCUUGUUGACAAGCCUGGUAACAAGAGCAAUCUGGAGACUGAGACCGGAUAUCAGAUAACGAACCUACUAAUAUUAGACCAGGCGCAAGCGGCCUUGCCGUUCAAUCAUGUGAUAGGAAUUGCGCUUUGGCCAUGGGCAGUUUUGGUGUUCCUGAAGAGGGUCAGUUUUAGGAAAUGUGUGUCAGAACACUCGUGGUCAUACCGGGCGUUAGGCCUCGACAUAAGGCCGGAAUUCUGCGCGCAUGUGUACAUUCCUACAAUCCACUUCCUAAAUAUAUCGAGCAAGUUAGUAUGCCGUGCCGCAACUCUGACGUCGUUUUUCUUGUUUCUGGUGCCCCGCCGCCCGACGGCCAGCAGUCGUGCGGUAGAAAGCCUUCUUCUUACCCGCAGCUUUGAACCAACUUCCGACAAGCAAAUCCGCCCAACGCUACUCUUUCCAAGUUGCACUACCCAGUUUUUUCAUAGAGCUAUGGACCGGUUUCCGCAAGAAUUAAUCGACCGACUCUGUAGCCAUCUUCCUGCCGAAGAUUUACGAAACACCUAUUAUGUCUCGACCAGAUUCCGCAAAGCCGCGGAGGAGCAUGCCGGAGGGUACAGAACUCACUCAAUCGAAAUCACCAAAGAGAGCAGUCAGCGUUUCAUCGGCCGUUAUUCCGGUUUUCGGCUUCGCUAUCUUAAACAUGUCCAAUUCCGCACCUCCUUCCCAGACCUAGUGGUCAACGAUGAUUAUGGUUGCCGCGAAAGCGCCGACGAACAACUCGAGAAAGACAAGAUCUUCACCAUGCAGAUUAAAAAUCUCUUCGCGACACUUAAAAUAGUAGAGGAGCAUGCGGGUGAGAGGAACCGCGGGAAAUAUCAACUUACAAUACACAGUCCCUCUCAGCAAUGCUCAGGUGAUCACUGUCUUCACCGGGAACACGCUCAUUGGCGAACUCACCUGCUGGAGCCUGAGACUCUCCCUAGCCUAAUGUCAGUUGGCUCUCUUCAAAUAAACAAUAAUCAUUCCAAGGCAAAACUCGAUUAUCGAAUUCUGAUUGACCUCGUUACCCGAUGUCCAAACGUAGAGAAUCUUGAGUGCCACACUGGAAAGGAUGAGUGGACUCCGAGCUAUUAUGAUGAGCCUGCGAAAUUAUUCAUCUGGGAGUAUGACGGACCCCGACGAGACACAAGGCAUGGUUUCGGCAAAGCAAUCACGCCAACCAAUAUACCUAAAUCCCUUCAACGAGUUGAGUUGAACUUUUUUUGUCGUGAAGCCAUGAUGGAGGCAGACUGCAUCCACCACUGGACGGCCAUGCCGAAUCUCGUUAGUCCUGCAUUGAAAGACCCUUUCAGUACCAGCCUUCGGAUUCUAUCCUACCAUCUUCAGGAAAUUCGGCUCCGCGCUCAAGUGGACGAAACAUUGUUCUGGCCUGAGGAUAGUUCGACACCGACUUGGCCACAUCUCCAAAGGGUCUUCAUCAUGUUCCAUAUGGUGUCGCCGUCGGGGGCUUGGUAUUUCGAAGGACCAAGGAGCGAAGGUAGAGAGUCAACCGGCUACGAGGUCAACGAGUCUUCAUACCCACCACUUGAACCCACUGAAGAAGACGAAGAGUUGGAUGGGGUCGCGUGUGGGGACAGGUCUUUCCAGGACGGGUACAACUUCUGGUUCCGCAUAUCGCCAAAUGACCAUGUAUUGGGACCAUUCCUUGCGAGUUUCGCCAAAGCCGCAGCGAACAUGCCAGAUUUGAGACAGGCUAUAUUAUGGUCACCCCUUAAGUGGGAUGUGGAUGGCGGCGAGGAUGACGAACGUGAAGCGUUCGACUACUUUAUGCCUCCCAAGGAAUUCUGUCCAGACUACCUUGCAUGGGGAUUGGCAUACUAUAUUCCUGGAGGAGCGGCAUUUGCCACAAAUCCUGGAGAAGUCAAGUGCGAUGCUCGCCAGAUAUGGUGGAAAGUCGGGGAAUGGCGCCCAAAUCCAGAGAUCCAUGGUCUCUUCCAGCAAAUUGGUCGUCAAGAGCAUGGCGAAGCAUUGAAGGAAUACUGGGAUGACGAUAAAUUCGGCCAAGGAUUAGUUUCGCGAAACUACUUUGAGCCUUGGACGCCAGAAGAGUAGAUCUCUCUCAUUUGUUAGCGUCAACAUGUUCAGGAAUUGAUUUUGGAUUUGGGUUCACCACCUGUGAGGCCUUCGAGGAGCGCAGAGAUUAUGAGGAACCGAGGUGAUUGCUAAAGGGUGGUAUCUACGGAUCUACAUAUGAUGCCAAGUAGGUAUCACACGACGAUCACAGGGAGCAUAUGAAGAUCAUAGGCGGCGGUAGUUCGUGAAUACAAGCAGAUGAUGGAGCGAGGCGAGCUCCGUAACUGCAAACACCACCACAGCAUGUGGCUUGUGACC